UACUUAAAUUUUUAACAUAAACUUAGAUAAAAAUGCAAUUUAUAACAUUAAGGAAAAUUUGUAUAUACAUUUUAAUCAAAUACAUAGUAAGUCACUUUUCAUCUCGAAUUCAGUCCAGUUACGAGCACAAUUUAUUAUGCUCAUUCAUUUAGUAUAGUAGUUACUAUACUUUACUAUAAACUUUAGGCUACUAGAAGUAGUAGUAGGUGCAAAUAUGUAUGUAGAUACAUAUACAUAAUCUAAAAUACUAUUGUUUGAAUAUUUGAAAUAUAUGCGGCAUUUUCUAAGGUUCUUCUACACUCAUUUGACUCAUUUCACAGCGAAUCGCCAACAUCCUGCUGUGCAGCAUAUACAAUACACAUUUAUUUUCUUAUCAACCGUUGCUAUAUAAACAUAAACAGAAGUCACAUUACUCGAUUAAUAAUCGUACCUCUUUUACGCAGAGCAAGAAUAAUUAAUAAAGAAUACUUCUCAAAACAUUUAGAAAAUCUUGAACAAUUAUGAGUUACUUGAAAAUCAACGAACGAGGAAAGAAUCAAUACGAGAACCUUGGCGAAGUUCGUAUCCAUACCUCAUUUUGCCAUGUUUUUAGCUUAUCUAUUCUGGGAUUUUGCAUAAUAUUUUUAAUAUUAUCAGCAUGGAAUUUUAAUAAUGUGAUCAUUGAAACGAACAAGAUCCAUGUAUAUUAUUUGCAUUCACAACGUUCACCUCUAUAUGUCGUAUCAGACAAAUUCUUAUCCUUUGGGCUUGAUACAAGCUUAUUACGACAUAUACAAAAUCUUCCAAUUGAAAAUGAAAAGUUCGUCAAUUUAGCCCGACAUCUCGCACCUGCUUAUGUUCGAAUAGGUGGAACAUCUGCAGAUUGUCUAUUUUUUAAUCAGACGAUGCAGAUAAUUAAUGAAACGGCAAUUAGUCCUGUGAAUGGUGAUGAUAUAAGUAACUUUACAAUCACCGAUGUAGAUUUCACAAAUUUAUACAAUUUUGCAACGAAAUCGAAACUACGCAUGAUUUUCGAUUUAAAUGUAUUAAUUAGAGAUGCAAAUAAUGCGUGGGACGAUGUUAAUGCUAGGACUAUAAUCUCAUUUGCCAAGGAAAAUUACAUGAAGUUGGAUUGGCAAUUAGGAAAUGAACCGAAUUCAUUUUAUCAUGUGUUUAAUAGAAGAGUGAACGCAACUCAACUUGCAAAUGAUUAUUAUCAAUUAAGACUGUUAUUAAACAGAUUAGGAUAUAAUGCAAGUAUCCUUGUUGGUCCAGAAGUGAACCGUGUAGGGGAGAGUAAUCAUUUUGGAGAGAAUUAUGCUGAAACGUUUUUAAAGAACGAUAAAAACAGUGUAAAUUAUGUUACUUGGCAUCAGUAUUAUCUGAAUGGGAGAGAAGCUAAAAUUGCAGAUUUUCUUAAUAUUGCUACAUUCAAUUAUCUACCAGAACAAAUUAAAUCUAUGCAGCAGGCCAUUGCAUCAUCGGGAAACAAUAUUCUUAUGUGGUUAUCAGAAACCAGUACAGCAUUUGGUGGAGGUGCACCAGAAUUGUCAGAUAGAUUUGUAGCUGGAUUUUUAUGGCUUGAUAAGUUAGGAUAUAGUGCUAGUACUGGUGUAAAUGCUGUUACCAGACAGUCGCUGUUUGGCAAUAAUUAUGCUAUGAUAGGACCAAAUCUUGUACCAAAUCCAGACUGCUUGGAAGGUGUACGGCUCUAUGCCCACUGUACCCCUAAGAAAGCAUUAAUUAACAGAGUUCCAGCAAUUACGAUAUACGGAAUCAAUAUUAAUAAGGUUCCUUCUCUAAUAAUUAUUCGAGGGAUCGUUCCUAUACUUGAUAAAAACGCUAAGAUCUUCGUAUAUGCGCUAACUUCUGAUUAUCUUCAAUCUAAAGAUAUAAAGAUGAAUGGUAAAACAUUGAAAUUGCAACCCGAUGGAAGUUUACCACCAUUCCCACCUGUAAUACUAGAACCAACAGGAUCAAUUGAAUUGCCACCCUACUCCAUGGUAUACAUGGUAAUACAUGGAGCAGAGGUUCCAGCAUGUAAAACAUAGGUAUUGUGCUAAAAAUCAACAAAAGCAUACACAGUUUUGUAUAGUAUGUUUUUUAUAUAUUAAAAGUUAUCAUAUGGUCUAAUAAAACAUUUUUACAAUUU